GAGAGAGGAGAAAAAAAACAAAACUCCUUCCUCGUGAGUGGCGCCGUUACCACGUGACUGAGUGGGCGUAUUUAAGCUCCUGGCGCGAGAUCCACAGUUAAGAAAAGGCAGUUCAUCCGCGAGGUUCGUCUCAUCAACGGUAUCUUGAAAGAAAAUGAGUUUCGGUGCAAAGCUUAAACACAGCCAACAGAUGUCUAAUGAAAAUAUAAAGAGCUUUUUCACACCGUCUCAAAAGGCAAUGGGACCCCCCAGACAAACCCUGCAAGUUCUCCAACCCUCGGCUGUCAACAAAGAUUUGGGAAGGUCGGCUCAGAUGGGUAAGGUUGUUCCCAAACGGAAACAAUGGAGCGCAGAACAAACUCGGGGUCCAAAGAGGGUGAAGGUAGAAGUCAAAUCCACACAAACAGAAGAAACUCAGUGUUCGUCGGAUGGCAUGUCCAGUGAAGCUUAUGAACUCAUGGUCAAAGAAACUCCCCCUUCCACCUACUGGAAAGAGGUAGCCGAGGAGCGUCGGAAGGCCUUGUACAAUGUUCUACAGGAGAAUGAGAAGUUACACAAAGACAUUGAGUCCAAAGACGAACAGAUAACAAAGCUCAAGUGUGAAAAUGAAGAGCUGCAUGAGCUGGCACAACACGUACAGUACAUGGCUGAUAUGAUUGAGAGACUGACUGGGAAGGGCCCAGACAAUCUGGAGGAACUAAGAGAAAUGGCCCUUGAUGUGGAUAAAGAUGACGAAGAUGACAGUGAAGUGGAAGAGCAGAGUGAGGAUGAGGACUCGGAUUACAGUCAGUGCGAUACAGAGGAAGAAGACACCUCAGACCAUGAAGUAGUUGGACCCUCAGGAGAGCAAGACUGACCCAAAUCUGUCUGUCAUGGGACUUUGAUUUGCUUAAGCAGGUCAGCUGAUUUUGACAGCAACAAGUGGCAUCCAUUUAAAUGGGCUUUUCAAAAUAAUUUAUGUACUUGUUGUUUAUGGCCUGUAAUUUUUAUAUUUUUAAACCUUGAACAGACGGACUGGCUUCUUUUUGAAAGUAUUUUUGCUUUCGUCAGUUCAAGUAAAGGGGCCAUUAAAACUAAGCACGUCUAAGACCUUGUCACAGCAGACAUUUUGACAUGUCUAUGUAGGAGAACAGGUGUUAAUGACAAAAUUGUAGCUGAAUUUCUUUUUAGUCACUCCAGUUUAAAGGUCCUGGUAUUGUGCAUGCUGACUCACAGCUUGGGUUUUUAUUUGUUUUUGUUUUUUUAUCAGAUUAUUUGAAGGCUAAACUAUCAGCCAGCUGCUUUUCUUUAGUUUGCUUCCAGUUAACAGGGAAAUGACACCUGUGCUUGCCUUGCUAUUAAAGGUCAAAAUGUGUGCUGUGAAAAGUCUUGAUGGUGCUAUAUUCACUGCCAGAUGUGGCCUAGAGCAUGGUCCGCAAGUGUUUUGGUUUACACUGUAAAACUGUACUAUGUUAUGCCAAUAUUAUGUACAUAAAGCGUCUGUAAAAUAAACACUUUUAAAAAAAA